AUGUUAAAUAUCAUUAUUUGUGUUGUCCUAGCCUAUUCUUAGACAACUAAUUCUUAAUAACACUUAAACUAAAUUCACAAUAACAAUACUGAUUUAUAAAUCUUUGAAAUACUUAUCGUUGCUCCUAAUAAUAAUAGCUUAAUAAUUGUAGAAAAUCCUCAUAUUCUUAUAACAUUUUACUAAAAAGAAUGUCCUUAUAGUGCACAAUUCAUUGAAUAUGAAUUAAAUAAACUUUAAGAAGACGGUAAUAAAUUCAAUGUCACAUUUGGUUUAUAUGAUGUUGCAAAAACUGAAUUUCAUACACAUCAAUCAAUGAAUAAGUUUGGAAUUGUCGAAACACCAACUAUUAUCUUCUUUUAAAAUGAAGUACCGCAUGUAUUCUCUGGUAAAAAAAAAUCUCAUAUUGUUUCGAAAUGGAUUUAAGAAGUAUUUUUAAUAAUAUUCUAUUUAGUUUUUUAAUGGUAAUCCUCCUCCAAAGGAAAUUUUUACAGAAUCAGAAUUUAACUAAUUACUAGAGGAUAACAAAAAUGUUCUUUUUUAUUAAAAAAAUUCUACUUCAACCUUUGAUAUUAAUUUUGAUAAAUUCUAUUAAUUUGCUAUAUAAAAUACUAUCCCAGAAAUAGUAUUUGCUUUCUCAUCACAAUAUUAAAAAAAUAAUCUAUUUAGUUUAAAAUACUAUAAGCAAGAGACAAAAGAAGAAUUUACUUUUAAUUAUUAAUUUAAUCUUGAAUAUAUAAAGAAAUUCGUUUUAAAAUAUUCACUUCCUUUAAUUCCUUAAUUAAAUUCAAAAACAGAAGAAUUAGUAUUUCAAUCAAACAGCUUUUCCUUUAUUUUAUUUUAUGGUCUAGAUGAAAUAUCAAAAUAAGCUGAAUUAGCUUUUUAAGAGGUCGCAAAAACUUUCAAUAAUUCUUACUAAUUUUCAAAAUUAAACAUUUAGGAUGAAAAUUACUUGGAAUACAUCAUUGAUUUAGGAGUUAAUGAUGGUAUAAUCCCUAAGAUUGUAACAAUAAAUGGAUAAUUCAAAUAUAAAUAUGAUGGUCCAGAUUUUUCAGUAACUGGAAUUAAAUCCUUAAUUUUUAAAUUAAAAUAAGGAUAAAUAGAUUCAUAUAUAUUAUCAGAACCAAUACCUGAUUAUACUCACAAAAAUUCAUAUGUUAAAGUAACACUUAUUUAAUAAAUUAGAAAAUUGUCGGUUUAAAUUAUGAUGAUGAAAUAAAGAAGAGUAACAAAAAUAUAUUAUUGAAAUAUCAUGUAAAAAACUGCGAACUUUGUGUAGAAUUGGAAUCAAUAUAUGAACAAUUAGCAUAUAAUUAUAGAGAGGAUAAGAGUUUAGUAAUAGCAGAGAUUGAUAUAAGAUUGAAUGAUUUUACUGAUGCUUAUUAUCCAAGAUAAACACCAGAUAUCAUUUUAUUUCUCCAAAAAAACGGUAAAAGAUAAGCAAUAUUUUGGAAUUUCGAAGAAAUGACAUUAGAUUUAAUUUAGAUUUUUGUUGAAAAUAACAUUCAUUAAGUGAAUUAAUGA